AUGUGUUCCUCACCUAUCGCAACUUCUAGCACAAAACAGAAACCUUUACCUCUUGGAGCUUUAUGCAAAGCCGUAGCUAUUUCAGGAGCAACCCUAUUGUUUUUCUACAUAUUUUUGUUUGAUAAAUCAUCAGUAAACUACCAAUUACCUUCAAAUCUCUUCAAAACCUUGAAAGAAAGCUUUCCAGUGGCUACGAGUCCCCUCAGAAGUUCCCCUCCUACCAAUCUAAGCCACAUUGUUUUCGGAAUCGUGGGCUCCAUGAACACAUGGAAGGCGAAAAAGCCAUACAUCGAAGUGUGGUGGAGAUCUAAUGUCACCCGAGGAUACCUCUUUUUAGACAGAGCUCCUACGCCGGAGUUUCUACCUUGGCCUUCAUCUUCUCCUCCUUUUCGAGUUAAUGAGGACUUCACUAGAUUGAAAGGUUACCCGCAAGUUCGAAAGCCAGUCCAAGUACGCAUAGUACGUACAAUCUUGGAGACAUUUAGAGAGGGUGACAAAGAUGUGAGAUGGUAUGUAAUGGCGGAUGACGAUACUGUCCUCUUGGUUGAUAAUUUAGUUGAGGUUCUAGAAAAGUACGACCAUGAAAAGUACCACUACAUUGGUAUGAAUUCGGAAUGUGUCAAGUCUAACUUCGAUUUUUCGUUCAAUAUGGCAUUUGGCGGCGCUGGUUAUGCUUUGAGUUACCCGUUAAUGGCAGCAGUGGCAACAAAGUUGGACGGGUGUAUUGAGAGAUAUCCAUACAUCUGGGUCAGUGAUUUUAUGUUGCAGUCAUGUUUAGCUGACUUAGGAGUCGCUCUAACUCAGGAAAAAGGGUUUCAUCAGAUUGAUCUCCAUGGUGAUAUAUCAGGUCUUUUGUCAUCUCAUCCAGAGUCUCCUUUCCUCUCCCUCCACCACCUUGACACCAUAAACCCAAUCUUCCCCUCCAUGAACCGCUCCGAGUCCAUUAACCACCUCAUGAAGUCAGCAAAAGUUGACCACUCUCGUCUGCUACAACAAACCAUAUGCUACCGUAGACCAAGCAAUUGGUCUUUCUCAAUCUCAUGGGGAUAUUCUGCUCACAUUUACGAAACCAUAAUCCCUCGGAGCAUUCUACGGAGACCCCUCGAAACAUUUAGGCCUUGGGUGCAUAAUGCAAGAGCACCUCUCUACAUGUUCAACACCCGGUGGCCAUCCAACAAUCCAUGUGAAGCUCCUCAUGUGUUUUUCUUUGAUUCCAUUUAUCAGAACAAUACUAUUGAAGGAAGACAAACUGUAACAACAACUUAUUCUAGAGCAUCUCAGCGCGGUUUACCUCCUUGUUCUUCGAGUGGCAACCAUUCGGCAGAUUUCAUCAGCAAAAUUCAGGUCCAGUCAUUGCCUGCAAAACGUUUGGAGGCUAGAGGGAUAGACUGCUGUGAUAUAGUAUAUGAACCUGACAUUAACACUGCUCAAGUCAUAUACAGGGCUUGCAUGGAAGGAGAAAUUAUCGCUUGA